AUGACUGUUUAUUCCUUGGGGCUUCUGCUGGCCUCUUUGGCUGCCCUUGUUCAAGCGCAACGGCCCAAUCGUCCGAACGACCUCAACAUCACUCAGGCUCAAGGUAAUGCGUACGGUUGUUCCUCUAAGGCCUGCCUAGAGAACCUACAAACAUUCGAGGCUUUGGACCGUCCGAUCUUUGGGGAUGUUCCAUUUAACUAUGACUUCUACGCCACCGCAGAUAACUUUACUAAAUCUAAACCUGGAGACCUGUUGAAGCUUCAGCAGCAGAAUUCCACUCUGUAUGAUAUAACCCCUGGCAGCUCGUUAUGGUUCAUCCAAUAUACAUCUGUCGGUGUUGGUGGACAGCCAGUCCCAUCCACUGGAUUUAUCCUUCUUCCCUAUUUGAGUGAGGCAUCCAACAAAACACCGCUUAUUUCAUAUGCGCAUGGUACUAUCGGAACUGUCACUGCUUGCGCCGCGUCGUCUUCUUAUAACGGGUACGAUUACGACAGCUGGAAGCUUCUCCCACCCCACGGAUUCGCCGUGGUUGCUACAGACUUCGCGGGCUUGGGCAACAACUACACCACACACAAGUACGGAAACCCAGUCAUUAACUCAGAAGACGUAUAUUUCGCUGUUGUUGCCGCCCGCAAAGCUUUCCCAAACGUCUUCACCACUAAAUGGGCUUCUCUCGGUCAUUCUCAAGGGGCUGGAGCCAUAUGGGGUCUCGAGGAGAAUCCCCGUGUUGCUUCUAACCAGAGUGGCGAAUACAUGGGGGGAGUUGCCGUAGCUCCUAGUGCGAGACUGAAUGAUCUCCUGACCGCCGUUCCUCUUUCUGAGGGAUAUGGAUUCGGCCCCCUGAUUGUGAACGUCUUCCAGUCCCUGAAUUUCUCCAUACAGCCACCCGUCUUAACCCCGGAGGCCAUGAAGCGUUACCCGCUGAUGAAUGCGCUUGGGCUCUGCGACAAUUCAUAUGCGGGCCUCAACUUUGACCUCCCGAACCAUGGCAUAUUGAAGCCUACUCCUGAGCAGAAUAAGACGAUUCAUGAAGCUUACACCAAAUUCCAAGACCAGUAUGGCGCCGCGACCGGGAGAAAAGGAUACAAGGAUUUCCUUGUUGUACAGUCCCAUGACGAUGAGAUUGUGAAUUAUACUGCUACGAUUAAAGCAUACGAUUUCGCCUGCAAAAAAGGCAACAUCGUUCACCUGAGCGUGUAUCACAACCUCACUCAUGACGAGUCAAUGGCCGCUUCGGCGUCUGAGUGGCUCAAAUGGCUUAGUGAUAGAAUUUCAGGCGGAGAGGCUAUCUUGUCCAGCUCUCGUCUAGCCAAAGAUCUCUUACAACUUGCUCUGAAGAGCCGCAAGACAUUCAUUGUUAUUGACGGCAUUGACGAGUGCCCACGAGAUGAUCGGCGUGAGAUAUGCACAUUCUUUCGCAACGUAGUUGACUCCCUUCCCAGGAAUACUAUGGAUGAGAUACGCUGCCUUUUUGUCAGUCAAGAUGAUGGAAUCGCUCGCAAGGAUUUAUCCAUGCUUUCUACUAUCAAGAUCACCGCCGACUGCAAUCGACAAGAACUCGCGGCCUUUGCCAAGAUCUGGCAGAUCAGAAUUGAAGAGAAAUUCGGCACGUUUAGCGAGCAGGAGCUAGACAUCGCGGCUGUAGUCACAGCUAGAUCUCAAGGAAUGUUCAUUUUUGCCAAAUGCGUGCUCGAAGAGCUGUUUCAACAACCCUCCCGAGAGGCGUUGUUAGAAGAGUGGAAGGCUGAUAGUUUUCCUAGCGAGCUAGACGAUGUCUUUCUCAUUCGCGAAGAGAUUAUUGAUACCGGCGAAGCCAACCGAGAGCUCUUUGCACUCAGCAUCGCAUAUCUUUGCUUCCCCGAGAUUAACCCCAAGACAAACGCUUCCGAAAUAGAGGCGGCAUUGGUCACGGGCGUAUUUGCAUUCUACGAGUAUGCGGUGGCAACUUGGACACUUCACCUCCUUGACUGGCUUCCGACGGCCAAGAAGGAUCAAAUUCUGGAUCUAGGCGAAGACAUUGAGGCUUUCAUUGACCUACAUACGACAGACAUGCCUAGCGUUCAAGUGAUAUCGAAGCCAAUGCAAGACAAGCUGAAGGCUCUGCAGAUUCUCGAGGCGUACAGCUCUCUCGCCCAGGCCAUUGUCUGGCAACGCAAGUCACCGCGAAUAUAA